CUUCUGAAUAAAACAAAUGAUGGAGGUAUAGAGAGAACAUAAAAAGAGUCGUUUAGGGAUUGUGAAUUGGUGAUGAUUUUGUGGAAGAUCAAACCAUCGACGAAGAAGGCGAAGAAGAACAAGAAACAAAACGCACGAUAUAUUAUAUUUUGUCGUGUCUGUUUCAUCUGUCAUCCUCCCCAAUGCUCUCUUUUUCUCCUUCUCUUCCUCCGUCGGUAGCAACGGUGGUGCAUGUGAUUGGGGAAUAAAUCAUGGUUGCCGAAGAAGUUAUCAUCGGAAGGACCAACGGCGACGAUGGCUCGUUCCUCCUCGGAACCGGUACUAGCCGUGAAAUAUUCUGGGGCGCCGUUGAUGCCUCUCCUUCUAAUGUCGGACUAGCCAUUGUCGUGACAGCCGUGGCUGGUAUCGCCGUGGUUGCUACCCUCGUUUAUACGAGUAGGAGGAGAAAACCAGCUGCUCUCCUACCACAACAAUGGAGGGCUUUAUUUACACCAGAUGGCAAACUCUCCGAUGGGGGUGUUAAGUUCCUGAAGAAAGCUCGUGUUGCAGGUAUAGAUCCAAGCAUCAGAUCGGAAGUUUGGCCAUUUCUCCUGGGCGUAUACGAUGUCGGGAGCUCGAAAGAAGAACGAGAUAAAGUUAGAGCUCAUAAUAGAAAAAAGUAUGAAGAUCUGAGAAGACAGUGUCGAAGAAUCCUUAAGCGUCACGAUACAAGCUUUAAGCCAAAAGAAGUUUACGUGGGCAAUCGCAGGGAGAAUGGUUGUGCAAAUGAAAACAAUCCAAGCUGUUCCCAACGACAAUGUUCCUUCUCCACCACCACCACCACCAGCAACCCAUCGGAAACCUCCGUGGGUUUCAAAGAGUCCGACUUCGUAACAUGGCAGAGAACAAUGCGCGUCGAUGCAGUCAGAGCAAACGGAGAAUGGAUCACCUACUCACCAUCUCAAGCAUCAUCAGUGUCCGAAGCAAGAGCACAACGACUAGCCAAGAGUGUCAGGUUGAGAGACUACAACCACCUCGAGCCGUGCAGGAUCCACCACGCCGCACGUUUGGUCAGGAUCCUCGAGGCGUACGCGUUGUACGACCCCGAAAUCGGGUACUGUCAGGGAAUGAGCGAUCUUCUCACUCCCAUCAUCGCAGUGGUGGACGACCAAGACGACUUCGAAGCAUUCUGGUGCUUCGUCGGGUUCAUGAGGAAAGCCCGACACAACUUCCGCCUCGAUGAGAUGGGGAUACGAAGGCAGCUCGACAUGGUGUCGAAGAUUAUCCGGUGUCAGGACGGCCAUCUUUAUGAGCACCUGAAGCAGCUUCAGGCGGAGGAUUGCUUCUUUGUUUAUAGGAUGGUGGUGGUGCUUUUGAGGAGGGAGUUGAGCUUCGAGCAGACGUUGAACCUGUGGGAGGUGAUGUGGGCGGAUCAGGCGGCGGUCAGGGCGGGGAUUGGGAAGUCAACUGGUUGGUGUGGGAGGAUGAUGAGAUUGGGAGCGCCUCCGACGGAUGAUCUGCUGCUUUAUGCUAUAGCGGCGGGGGUGUUGCAGAGGAGGAAGAUGAUCAUCGAAAGGUUUGAUUGUAUGGAGGAGAUCAUGAGGGAGUGCAAUGGCAUGGCGGGGAACUUGGAUGUGUGGAAGCUUUUGGAUGAUGCACAUGAUCUCGUGGUGAAUUUGCAUGAAAAAAUUUAGCGACGGGAAUGAGAUCUCUUUCUUUUUUUGGAUGAGCGGGCGGAGAUUCAGAACAUGGUCAAUGUUCUGAAUCGAUGUUUGAAUCUAUGGACAAUAUGGAAGAGAGAACUGGUUGAACUGGAGUAGCCAAAUGCAUCAUUAACCUACAGUCUGAUCCAAGUAGCAUGAGGCACGUGCAAUCUCUGUGUGAAUCAACAAGGGCCUCUUGCACACAACUUAACCAAUAUGGUUUCCUUUCACUUCCAUGUUCUUGUUCAAAAUUCAUUAUCUUAAGGUCCCUUGUAAUAUUUUGAUCAAAAGUAUUGCCUAUAGUAGAACAUAUUUAACUUUAUCUUUUUGUUUCAUCUCACCUAUUCUUUCACAAAUUUGAGUCGUCCCUCCCUUGCUGGGAUAUGCAACGGUUUGGUUCGAACCAAAUAAACAUUUGGAUAGAAUUACCUCAAAAUAAAUAUAAUAUAACUCGAUUUUUAUCCUAUGAAUUUUUAUAAAUA